CUUCGGUCUUCCCCGGCCCUCCAUGACCAUCCCCUCCAAAAUUCCCCGUCGAUCCCGCGCUCCAUUUCGAACCCCCACCCCAAAAUCCCAAUCCCCACCGCAAUGCCGCCCACGCGCCGCCGCCCGCGCCGCACCUCCACCCCGGCCGGCGCCGACGACUCCAUCCCAUCCUCCGCCGCCGACCUCCUCGCCCUCGCCGGCACCCUAAUCCCGGCCGCCGGCACCACCGCCCUCAAACCCCCACCCCAACUCAAGCAACUCGUCUUUUUUUCUCCGCGGAGGAAGUUCCUCGCGCUCGUGCUCGGUGUCAGCGAGGGGAUCGCCAGGGAGGGGCUGGAGCUCGUCAGGGCGCAGGUGGGGAUUACGAACGCCAAGCGCGCGGCCGUGGGCUACGGUGAGGUCGUGUUCCGGGCGUGGAAGGACGGGGGCUGGGUUAGGGGGGAUGUCGGGGAGGCCUUCCUGCAGGGGAUGGUGGAGGCUGCUGUGCAUGCUGGGAGCAACGAGGUGGCCAAGGCGGCCAGGAAGAUCAUUUGGGUGUUUGUUGAGCAGAGGGCGGUUGCCGGGGUUGAAAAGUUGGUGUUCCGGCUUGCAGAGCCUGUGCUGUUCCGCUCAUUGCAGGUUGCGAACUCCAAUGUUCGCCAUAAUGCUUUACAUCUACUAUUAGAUUUGUUUCCCCUUGAAGAUCCAGAUGUGACAAAGGAUGUUAAUGAUCCUCUUAUAGAGAAGCAGUUCUUCUUGAUAGACAAGCUCCUCAUGGAUGAUUACCCAGAAAUACGAACAGUUGCAGUUGAAGGAAUCUGCCGUAUUCUUAACCAAUACUGGGAAAUUGUCCCUGCCCCAACCAUUUCGAAAUUUCUGAGUAAAAUUGUUGAUGACAUGUCCAAGGAUUCUUGCAAUGAGGUUCGGCUGUCAACGCUAAAUGGUCUCAUAUACUUGCUUGACAAUCCACAGAGUCAUGAAAUACUUAAAGUUCUACUCCCACGAUUAAGCGAUAUGAUCUCAGAUACUGCUCUGUCUGUCAGAACUGCUGCUGUUGAUCUUCUCUUAGCUAUUCGUGAUCUUCGAUCUUUCCAAUACAAUAAGGUUGUUGGCCUGGGUACUCUAUUGUCUUCACUUGCAAAUGAUCAUCCCCGUAUUGCUCAAAAAAUUACAAAGCUCCUCAUUCCUUCUUAUUUUCCAUCAAAGUUGAGCCCAAAAGAAGCAUGUGCUCGCUGUAUUGCACUAAUAAAGAGGUCACCAGCAGCUGGGGCGAGAUUUUGUGAAUUUGCUCUGUCUGAAGGGUCAUCCCCAAGGUCUAUUGUUGAGCUAGUCAAAUUCUCUAUUACUCUUUCGUUAUCACGAACAGGACUUAACUCAGACCAGAUUGAUGGUCUUAUUAUUGCUUCUGUCAAUCUUAUAAAAAGCUUAUCUGAGGAGCACUCUAGUUUGUCUACUUUGCGAGAAUUCUUAAAUGCGAAGUUAAGGUUGGUCCUUCAAACCGUUGUUUCUGAGGGUGCCCGGGCUGCUCUUCUUAGUAUUGCUCCAGUUGUUUUACCUAAUAAUUUAUCUGUGCUUCAUGAAGAAUGCAUGGGUAUAGUUUUGAAUGCUGCUAGGAUUUCAAAGCAAGAAGAAUGUCAGGAAGCUGCGCUUGCAGCACAUAAGUUGAUAGUUUUGAGUGGUUGUUGUGAUGAACUGUUUGAAGCACUGACAGAUAUUCUACAAUCUAAAGCCUCUGAGUUUGCUGAGAUCUAUGGACUUGAACCUCCGCCAUGCCCCGUCGCACCUUCAAGGAGGAAGAAAGGGAAGUUACUUAGGAAAACGCAAGCACACGACCAUAUUCUUGGAAAGGGGUCAUCCAAAUCAAAAGUCAGUAAUGAAGAGCUUGCUGUUGCAGCUGGGGCAGCAUGGCAGAUCAAUGAAAUAGUGAAAGCUGAAGAACUUAGAGGUUCCUUUCUGCAAUCUUCUUAUUUGGAAAUUGCAUUUUCCUCUCUGAAGGUCAUUUCGCAAGUCUUUGUCGAGCAGUGCCUAUAUUUGGACUCUUUAGACCUUGCACCUGUGUUGGCCUAUUUGAGUCUGGCUACAUAUAAUGCCCUUCCAGAUGUUGAUCCUGGAAGCUGCUCUGAGUCAUCAGCUGCCAAUCGGUCACUGGAUCAUCUGCUGAAUUGUUUCGACAAACUUCUAAAUGCACCUGUUAAGAAUCCACCAUCAAAGUCAAGAGCUACACGCUCAAAAGAUCAGCAGAAAAGAGCAUCCGAAGGAAACACAGUGAAAGGCACAGUUAACGCAAUUAUGCUGGGCACUUCAAUUCUCAAGUUUAUCAUUGACACAACCACCAUAAAGCUGGUCGAUGAUGAUAAAAUAAGAUGCCUCAAAUUCGCAUCAUCCUACACAAAAUAUGCAAUAUCAUCCAUCAAAAAGCAUCAGGAACAGGGCUCAUCUUUCAAGGGAGAUGAUCUGAAGGACGCCCUGGUGCUUAUACGAAGCUCCUUUACAUACGCAGCCAAGAUAAUCCAUUUGGUGCUAUCAAGCUCAACUGAGGAGUCAAGCCCUCCAGAGGAGGUUUUCUUCCUUGCCAAUGAUCUUCUUGAUCUUGUGCCCUCUGUUGAGUCCUUAGCUGGCUCAAGAUUUGCACUGAGCAUAGUUUCUGCUUUGAAGCAAUGGCUACCUGUUCUCAUAUUGGGUCUCGUAUGUCGCUGGAUCAUGGGACCACAGAAUGAAAUGGCUGCCAACUCCUGCCACUUUGGUGACUCUUGCUUACCACUGUGGGUCACCGCUGUGGCAAAGAAUGAGCUUCUUGAUGGCAAAGAGCCUGUCCAGGAUGAGCAAAGUGACCAGGCUGCAGAGGGUGAGGACUCGCCUUCAUCUAGAAAGCUAGCAGAAAUGAUGGUGAUCCUCCUGAAGAAAGGAAGCCCCAGAAUUCUUGACUGUGUGGGCAGAGUCCUCCUGUCCACCCUCCAGUUAAUGUUGCAAAGAUCAGAGUACGACAUUGUCUUGGGCAUUACUCGCUUUGUUUGUGCCAGGUUACUUGGGAACAACACUUCGGCAUUGGAAAAGCUGCAGCUUACCCACGACUCUCUUCGUGAGAAUUUCUUGGAGAUUGAUAGGUGUGUCAGGGAGGACCUUGUUGAUGACGAUGGUUCAAAUGAUACGAGGCAGCUAUUGGAGAGCACAAAAGCGCUGAUAAGAUCAGUUCUCCCUGAAGUCUGAUGUACAUAGUAUUAGGCGGUAGCUGGUGAGCUGAAGUUGUAACAAGUGUCCAGGAAGUGAAAGUAGGCAAUGCUCGCUGACUAAGACCAUUUGUGGCAGCAACUGGGAAUUAUGUACUUACACGCAUGCAUAAUGCAUUUCUGUAUAUGUGCAUUCAUUGUUGCUGUUCUGGUACAUCCCAGGGGCAAAUUUCAA